AUGUAUUGUACAAGACGAAAGCGACUGCAGGUGAGCAGGGUUUUGUUCCUACUCUCUGGGGUUUUUCUCUGUUCCUUCUACCAGCUAACCAUCAGUGCCAGACUGUAUGAGCCUUUGUCCCUGUCUCGGGUUGGAGAGGAUUUUGGCGAAGGUUCAACAGAGAUCGAAGCGAUGACAGCAGAGACUCAGGGACAAGAUGAACCCUUUACUACCACACUUAGAUCAGAAAACACAGAUCAAACAACACCCGAGGUGAAUGUGAUGUACUCUCUUGAUUCUUCCUCAAAUUUUGAACAGUCCCCCACCACUGAGUCUCCAUCUCCAACCACAAACCGAACUUUUGUUCACUGCAUCUUUUCGGUCCCUGAGCUGGCACAGGAAACCCCCACACCUCCUACAACUACUUUCACUCCUGCUCCUCCUGGAGGAGCUCCCCACAUUAAAGGUGAAUACCCUGAAGAUAUCUUUUCUGUUGAAGACCGAAGACGUGGCUGGGUGAUCCUCCACAUUAUUGGGAUGAUGUACAUGUUCAUUUCACUUGCAAUCGUGUGUGAUGAGUUCUUCGUCCCUGCUCUGGGUGUAAUCACAGACAAGUUGGCCAUCUCUGAUGAUGUGGCAGGAGCCACUUUCAUGGCUGCUGGAGGCUCUGCUCCCGAGCUUUUCACAUCCUUGAUAGGAGUAUUCAUCGCCCACAGUAAUGUGGGUAUUGGCACGAUUGUUGGAUCAGCAGUCUUCAACAUUUUGUUUGUGAUAGGAAUGUGCGCUUUGUUUUCACGGGAGGUUCUACACCUAACCUGGUGGCCACUUUUCAGAGACGUAUCCUUCUACAUAUUUGACCUCAUCUUACUCAUCAUCUUCUUCUUGGACAACGUGAUACUGUGGUGGGAAAGCAUGAUGCUGGUGACCAGCUACACUACCUAUGUGAUCUUUAUGAAGUUUAAUGUGCAGAUAGAGCAAGCCUUCAAGACCCAACUUCACAAACACAAGAACAUUGUUCAAAUUAUUGCUGUGGAAGAAUCUGAGAAGGUAAGCACUCCUACAAAAGAGAAAGCACUGAUCUAAAAUCAGAGCUGCCAUAUCAGUGUUUAUUUUAAUCAAAGACAUAAUUCUGCCAGAUUAAAGACGCUCUUUAUGAAGAUGCAUAUUCUCAGAAGUAAAACUAACCCUUUUGUGUAGUUGUCCAGGAUGACAUUUUAAUCUCUUGUUCUUUUAUAUUUAUCAAAAGCGGAAUUGCUUAUUACUUCAAAAGAAACUGUCAUUACUUCUCCAACCUACCUCUGUAAAAUAAGUAGAUUGUGAUGAAAGAGUGAACAAAGGCCUUGAGAGACAAAGGCUGAUGAGCUGCUGCAAACUAAUCCCUCAUGAACCUAUGUACAAACUGUAGCAUCAACAUAGAGUGUCUGUAAGCCUGGUAAAUCUGACUGAGGCUUCAUUUGAGCACAGUUUUUGCACAUGCUCAAGCUAUUUGUUGGAGCACAUAUGGGGUGAUAUGCAUACCUAUGAGUAGGAUUAAUUAUUCAACAGCCUUCUUCAACAGAUUCAGGUUCAUGAACGGCUGAUUCUCCUCCUUACUGACAUGUUUGACUGGCACGACCCCAGGGUGUUCAAUUUGUUCAAUAACACUUUGUACAAGGUCACAUUUUACAGCAUAUUUGAAUAUUUAAGCUCCACCAAACUGACAAAACAUCCAUCUAUCGCUGCCAAUUGAUGGUUGUAACUGAACAAAACAUUGUUGCACACAGACAACUGGGGAUGCUGAAGAUAAUGCCCCUCCUUCUCCAGAGGACAAGAAUCUGUUAAAGGUAAAAAAUAAAAUAAAAUAAAAAGAUAGAUUAAUCAGUCAACACAAAGAAACUUUUUUUUUUGCCAGAAAUCCUUAAAAAUGUUCAGUUUUAUAUGAAAUGUGAUAUCUUAUUAAGCUCUGUGCAACCCUACCAAUGAUCAGGCCACCCUCAAAAGAAAGAUCUGAAUUCGACCUCCAUCAAAGCUCCCUUGAAGUUUCCAUGUCUGUUUCUGAGUGAGGUUGUUGAGACUUCAGUCAUCUCUUUCCUCAGUUGAAGCCUUCCCUGCAGCGAGGGGGAAGUUCAGCUUCUCUACACAACAGCACCAUGAGAAACACCAUCUUCCAGCUCAUGAUCCACACUUUAGACCCUCUAGGAGAAGGUAAGUACCUCAUCAGUGCAGUGGAUGACUGAAUGAUUGACAGCUGUCUGCUUUGAGAACGUCUCUAAUGAUGGCUGUCCUUCUUGUAACAUAACAUUGACCAUGAUUCUCUGUUAAUAUCUGCUUGUUUGAUUGUUCGUAGGGAAAUUUAAGGACAAGGCUGCGUCUCUGAAUAAUGUGGCCAGACGAACAGCAGGGAGAAAAGCUCAAGAUAGAAGUGAAGGUAAACUCUGAUUGGGGAGCUUUAACUGAGCCGUCAAUUCUUUUAUGAAAGCUGCUCAUUUGUGCUGCAAAGCUCUGCAUCACAUCAACAAUGAAAUUCUUUGGUAUUUGAACCGAUGAGUAAAAGUUUACUCACUCAUGCUAAUAAUCUCCAUUAUGAUGAUACAUGAGAGCUGUACUACAACAACAACAGAGCCCCUUUAAAGUCUCUCUAAACCACCAAACAGUAAUAUUGUCUAAAUGCUAGCCUUAGCUUUAUCAUUAUGGUACUUCAGGUAGUGCUGGGCGAUAUGGAAAAAAAUGUAUAUCACGAUAUGGAUCAUUUUAUAUCACGAUAACGAUAUACAUCACGAUAUAGCUAUGGUAUGCUUUCAGUUCUAUGAAAAAUGUAAGUGUAUACAGCUGCACUAGUACAGUACCAGUACAAGACCAGCACUUAAAACUAGAAAAAUGAAUAAAUAAAUACGUGGCCGAAGUGCGUUCAUGUCUGCGCUCACCCAAAGUUAUGCAACACUCACAGAAAACGCCGAUAGUGUGAGCCAAAGCACUCCAUGAUAAUAAUAAUAAUAAUAAUAAUAAUAAUAAUAAUAAAUUUAAUUUGUAAUGCACUUUACAUUUACAAAAAAUCUAAAAGUGCUACAGUACACAGUAAAAAAAGAGCAGCAACAAUAAAAAAGCAAUAGAAUGACAGUCACAGAUUGGCAUAAAAAAAGAAUUAAAAAAAAUAAAAAAUAUAGAGUUGCAAUGUAAGAGGCAAGGUAGUAAAAGCAUAAAGCAUAGAGGAAAACUAACCAAAGGCUUUAUUAAAAAGGUAGGUCUUUAGGGCUCUUUUGAAGAGGUUGUUCACACUGCUAGAUGUUUCUCCUCCAAAGCUGCUCUCUGCCUCCAUCAUUGUUUACUUUACUCUUGAAGCACGUAGGAAGACCCGAGCAUGAAUCCGAGCGCUUUAUUCGCCUAUCAGGGGCUGACAGGUAGGGUGAUUUGAUUCGCCACGACUCCAGAAAUGAUUGAAAAACUACAGAAUGUCACAAAAUUACGUUUCCUCGCUGCUGGCUUGAAGGGUAGAAAUGCGCAGCCGCGCUCCCAGCUGACAGGAAGUCAAACCACUGUUGUAGUUCUUUUGUGUUGCUAGCGCGGUCAAGAGUGUUGGCUCUCACUGAGAGAUGACUACAAAAAUGGACGCACCUGUUCAGCUGGUUGUUAAACACGGCUGAAAAUGAUCAUCUUUUAAUGUUGUUCCCGCUCCUGCCCACUCCCGUUGCCUUUUUCCCCGUCCCGUUCCGAUCAAGGGAUUAAUUAAAAAAUGACUCCCAUCCCAUGGGAUUCCCGCGGGAAUCACGUGACCCACGGGAAUUCCCGAAAAAUGUCAUCCUCUACAGGGAAGGUCCCGGAGCAGAUGAAGCAGGUGCCGGAGCGGCUGAAAUAGGUCGCGGAUCCGAUCAAAAGAGGUCCCGGAUCGCGCUCCGACUUGCUCCGGCACAAAUUAAGCACUGCUUACAAUGAUCCCCUCACGUGUGUAACCCAGGUAACCCGCAACGGCGGGAGACGCUGGACACGAAGAGGGCACAUAAAGCGGCGUCAUGUCGCAAAAUCGAAAGAGAAAUGCGAGCCUACAUGUCAACGCAUCCUUUUCUUUGUAAGAAAAUAUUGUUUUCUUUCCCGUUCGACACCAAAUACACUUACUGAAUGUGCAAUUAUUGUUGUUGUUACUAUGAAUCAUCUGAUGGCACAAGCCCUAUGGAUAAAAUACAGCCUAUCGCCCGAAACGAUAAAAAUAAAAAUGGCACGAUAGACAUUUUCUAUCGUGCCCACGAUAUGUAUCGUCCUAUCGCCCAGCACUAACUUCAGGGGUUAUGACACCUUUUUGAGCAAUAGAAAAAUGGCUAACUUUUCAAGCUAUUAUUAGACAACAGCUCAAGUGUGUUUUUGACCAUUUCCUAGCAAACUUGAUACUUAAUAUUUUGAUCACAAUAUUGUUCAUGAUGUUCUCUUGAAAAAUACCUUUGUAAAGAUAUGAACAUUAUCAGAGCACCUGAGAAAAGGUUUUGGUUUGUGCCAAAUUUGACAACCCAUAAAAAUCCAUUUAAAAAAAUCAUCAAUCUUGUUUCUAACAGUCUUGUUUGCCCUUUACGAAACAGGAUUAGAAAAAAAUAAUUACAGGAGGGAGAUUAAAGUUGAAAUUUCAAGGUUAAAGUUUUAAUAUUGAAAUUUCGAGAUUACAAAAUGUCGAAAUGUCAUGAAUAAUGUCAAAAUUUCGAGAUAAAAAAAAUAAAAUUUGAGGCUAAAGUCGACAUGAAUCAAGUUGAAAUUUCAACUUUUUUUAAUUUCGACUUUAACAUCAAAAUUUCGACUUUAAUCUUGGAAUGGAAAUUUAAAAAAUCUCUCUCCUGUAUUUUCUUUUCUCUUCUUGUGGCCUUAAUCCUCUUUCAUAGCUCUUAGAUGUCAUGCAAAAGCAUAAAUUUAAAUGUGAGUCUUUUCCAUGAACAUCAAAAAAACUCCACUGAGGUGCUUUAGAUGUGAAUGUGUCUAAAGAUUUCAUGCAUAAAUAGGGAGAUCACACUGCUGUCAGUGACUGUCAGCUAAAUUAUUACUCUCUGUGCUCAAGCUUGUAACAUCUACAAAGGUAGCUGUGAGAGACCUUAAUGUCCUGUUGUCAUAAUAGACACAAUGUUGGAGCCAAUAAUGAUUACAAAUGAUAAAUUAAUUACAAAGUCAUUUAGUAAACGCUUUUAUCCAAAUUGACAUACAUACGAAUCAUACACCAGUGGAAGUCACACACUGGGAGCACGGUAGGUUCAGUUUGUUGCCCAAGGACACAAUGGACAGACUAGGGACAGGGGGAAUUGAACUGCUAACCUCCCAGUUGGACAACUGCUCUUCCUCCUAAGCUACCAACAUGGAAAGAAACGGGAUGCACAAACACUUACAGAACAUCUUAUUAGUUUGUGUAUGCAGGAUAAUUUUCAUACAUAUGCAAGAUAAAAACAAUCAUCUCUGCCGGACUGAAGAGGCUCCUCACAACUCCUUGAAAAAGUGUAUUAACCAUCAUCUUGUGUAACACUCUGGGUUAUCUUUCACAGAUGCUGUGGGAAAAACUGAGCAGACCAAAGAGCCAAAGGACAUCCCAGCCGUAGAAACUGAGAGGAAGAAGCAGCAGCCUGAGGACAAGAAGGUAUUCUCCAACCACAUCCUGGUGGUUACCAAAAAGCCCAGAAGUCAGUCUUUGGUAACUGUCUAUGUAAGACUCCAUAAACAGAGAAACAACUUCAGACAAAAGUCCUCCUCUUUGUUAUUUUCCCUUUUCUGCCUCUGCUGUCAUCCAUUGUGAUCUCUCCAGGAGGAUGUAUCAGCAGGAGGAUGUGAGGAUGAGUCAGGAGGCUCAGAAGACUCUGACAGCGAGGAUGACAGUGAUGAUGACAGCGAUGAAUUCAGUGAGGAUGAAGAUGAGGAGGAUGAAGAUGAGGAGGAGGAGAAAGAAGAGGAACCCCUGUCUUUAGACUGGCCUGACACGCGACUCAAACAAGCCACCUACCUCUUCCUGCUGCCCAUAAUCUUCCCUCUGUGGCUCACAGUUCCUGACGUCCGCAACCGAGUACAGCCUCCUCCAAAUCUCUGUGAUCAAUCGAGGUGUUUUACAAACCUCAGAGCUGUGAUUUAAUUUGAUCUCCCUUUAUCCUGUAGAAAUCCAGAAGGUUCUUUGCUGUCACUUUCCUGGGCUCUAUUCUGUGGAUUGCUGUUUUCUCCUACCUCAUGGUGUGGUGGGCCCAUCAGGUGGGUUCAAGAAACACUGAGAAAUUUGAUUUUAAUUAAUUUAUUAAUUAAACUAUCACUGUCCAGAACUCAUGUUAGCUAAGAUCAAAGAGUAAUUUUUUAUUUCUGUAGCUUCUGUGGUAUCUGGAGUACAGUACCAGCAUGCACUGCCUUGAGGUAUUUCCCAGGGAUAGCCUCUGAUAACCUGAGUAUGGAAUUUGUGUAUUGUGUUUCUUUUAUGGUACCUGGCCCAGACAAUCUAGCUGUUGGUGGUUUUGCAGAUCACAGGUCACACUUCAAAGUUAGGUGUAAAUCAGAUGGUAAAGAAAGAUAACUUUGAGAUAAAGAGACGAUGUACUGUAGGAGGACCUAAAACUCUAACCCUAUACAACAGGACCACAAAGUCAGGUUUGGGAGAGAAGGACAUCAUUGGCAGUCCUCUCCCAGCAUCCGCAGUGCUGUUCUGAUACUGGUGUUGUCCAGUGUCACGAAGAGUUACAACACUUCCAUCUAAUGUUUUAUCCACUGUAGGUUGGUGAGACUAUUGGCAUCUCAGAGGAGAUUAUGGGCCUCACGAUUCUGGCUGCAGGGACGUCUAUUCCUGACCUCAUUACCAGUGUGAUUGUGGCCCGUAAAGGCCUGGGGGACAUGGCUGUGUCCAGCUCUGUGGGCAGCAACAUCUUUGACAUCACUGUGGGGUGAGCUCUGAUAGAAUUGAAGAGGAAAAGCUCAUGAACGCUUGCUCAUUUCAUUUCUCUGCAGUUAAGUUUCUUUUUCUGUCUCCUUGUCUCAACAGUCUCCCAGUCCCAUGGCUCUUGUACUCGAUUUUCCACGGUUUCGCCCCGGUGGCAGUGAGCAGCAACGGACUCUUCUGUGCCAUCGUGCUUCUUUUCAUCAUGCUUCUCUUCGUCAUCAUCUCCAUUGCGUUCUGCAAGUGGAGUAUGAAUAAAGCUCUUGGUUUCACCCUGUUCUUGCUGUACUUUAUCUUCCUGGUGCUCAGUGUGAUGCUGGAGGAUCGCAUCAUUAUCUGCCCUGUGUCCAUCUGA